ACGCGCAAGCGCAGUUCUUCGAUAGCAAAGAAAGGAAAAUGUCUCUAACGAGCUUCUUACCAGCGCCGACCCAGCUGUCCCAAGACCAGCUGGAGGCAGAGGAGAGACUCCGGGCACAGAAGUCAUACUCCACUGCCCUGGUGUCUUCCCGCAAAGAGCCCCCUCCCUAUGGACACAGGAAAGGCUGGAUACCUCGUUCACUUGAGGACUUUGGAGAUGGAGGAGCUUUACCAGAGAUCCAUGUGGCCCAAUUUCCUCUGGAGAUGGGUAGAAAGAAGAAGACAUCUAAUGCCUUGGCGGUGCAGGUGGAUUCAGAGGGAAAGAUAAAAUAUGAUGCCAUCGCCAAACAAGGACAGAACAAAGAUAAGGUGGUUUUCAGUAAGUACACUGACCUUUUGCCUAAGGAAGUAUUAAAUGAUGAAGCUCCAGAACUACAGAAACCUGAUGAGGAGUCUGUACAAGAACUCACAGAGAAGACUCGUGAUGCACUGGACAAGCUGGUGUCUCAGAAGAUCGCUGCUGCCAUGCCUGUUAGAGCUGCAGACAAACUAGCUCCUGCACAGUACAUCAGAUAUACUCCAUCCCAGCAGGGAGUAGCUUUUAACUCUGGGGCCAAACAGAGGGUGAUCCGCAUGGUGGAAAUGCAGAAAGACCCCAUGGAGCCUCCACGUUUCAAAAUUAACAAGAAGAUUCCUCGAGGACCCCCCUCUCCUCCUGCCCCUGUCAUGCAUUCUCCAAGCAGAAAGAUGACGGUAAAAGAGCAACAGGAGUGGAAGAUUCCUCCAUGUAUCUCCAACUGGAAGAACGCUAAGGGCUACACCAUUCCACUUGACAAACGUCUGGCUGCAGAUGGUCGGGGGCUGCAAACAGUUCACAUCAAUGAAAACUUUGCCAAGCUGGCUGAGGCGCUCUACAUUGCUGACAGAAAGGCCAGAGAGGCUGUGGAGAUGAGGGCCCAGGUAGAGAAGAAGAUGGCCCAAAAGGAGAAGGAGAAGAAAGAGGAGAAACUGAGAGAGCUGGCUCAAAUGGCUCGAGAUCGCAGAGCAGGAAUCAAAAGUCACGGGGACAAAGCAGGUGGCGAGGAGGGUGAGGCCAGGGAGCGUGACGAGAUCCGCCACGACAGGAGGAAAGAGAGGCAGCAGGACCGGAACAUCAUGAGGGCAGCUCCUGAUAAGAGGUCCAAGCUGCAGCGAGACCAGGAGAGAGACAUCAGUGAACUCAUCGCGCUUGGCAUGCCCAACCCCCGUACCUCCAGUGAGGCCCAGUACGACCAGAGGCUUUUCAAUCAGAGCAAGGGAAUGGAUAGUGGUUUCGCUGGCGGUGAGGAUGAGACGUACAACGUGUACGACCAGCCGUUCCGUGGUGGCAGAGACAUGGCUGCGAACAUCUACAGGCCCAGCAAGAACAUAGACAAGGACACCUACACGGAUAACCUUGAUUCGCUCAUGAACAACAACAGGUUUGUUCCAAACAAAGACUUCACAGGCACCGACCACUCUCACAGAAGAGAAGGACCGGUCCAGUUUGAGGAGGAUCCUUUCGGUUUGGAUAAGUUCUUGGAGGAGGCCAAGCAGCACGGUGGCUCCAAGAGGCCGUCCACCAGCAGCCGCUCUAAGGACGACUACCACGAUAAGAAACGGAGGAAGGAGUGAGAGGACGCAGACACACUGUCCAUUCAGGACGAUUGAUGGCUUAUUAAGAGAAAGAGGAGUUUCUCAGUGCCCUCUCAGCAGUUGAGGGGUUUUAAUAUACUCACAUUUGUUUUCAUUCAGUUUGAAAUGAGAUACCCUUUGCUUCUUUUUUUUUCUUUGUUUUUUACAUUGGUUAUCUUGAGGGUUCAGUUUGCAGCUGAUGUGAAUGGUGAUAUUUAGACCCAGGACGUGUGUAGAUUGAUGUUGUAUGCUCUUUUUCUUCUUUUUAAACAUGUACACAGACCAACAAAAACCUCAGUGUUUAUUAGCCUUUUGUCUUUUUUUGUUCCCCACCUUUCCCUUUUUUGAGUUUUUGAGAGCUGUGGUUUAGUAAAAAAGCCCCUGGUGUGUCUGUGAGCAUAGCGACUGCCCAUAUUUAAAAUCAGACAUGUACAUAGGUCUAAACUUGAUCUGCAAGCUGCAAAGCAAACCAGUUGUAUAAUUUUAGUAUAUUACCACCAAAGGAAUAAAUUUCAUACUGUGUGUAACUAAAA